AUGUCAAACAUUUUAACAUUUUUAAAAAAUUUGUUAUUAAUAUAUUUUUUCAAUUUCCCAUUAUACAUUAAUAAUGAGCAUUUACUAAGUAUUAUACAUAAUGAAAUGUUCAAUUUUAACAUGGUAUCUACCUUAAUUAUGAAACGAACAUUAACUGAAAUGUUAAGGUAUAAUAAUAAGUCACAAUUAAAUGUCUCACACAUAAAUAAUAAUGGUGAUGAAUAUGAAGAAAAUAAAAUAAGUUCAUCUCAAACAAAAUUGUUAAAACAUUCAACAGAGGAAUCAAAUAAUAAUAAAUCGAAAAAUACUAACAGUGAUAAUAUAACUAAAAAAGAGGAAACCUUGGAAGAUUUGCUAAACGAAUAUGAUGAAGAAAUGAACGAAAUAAAUAAUUAUAAAAAAAAACCUUUUUUAAAAAGAGCAAAACUUGUAUUGGAAGCCUUUGAUAAUAUCUUUGUAGAUAAGAUAGUAGAUACAAAUAUACAGAAUAAACAAUCAGAAUUAAAAGAUGAUGUAAUAGAUAACGCUGUAAUAAUUAGUGCUGCUCCAAUUUUAGCUAUACCAAUACUUUCAUAUUUUUGUAAGCGCAUUAAUUUUUUUCAUUCUCCGCAGUAA